CCCCCGUGUACCGACCAACACAGACCACUACACAAUGCUGAAGCUGGUGGUGUUGUCCUGCUUGAUGGCGGCGGCGUCCGCGGCGCUGCUGACGCCCUUCGCCCCGUUCGCUCCGCUGGCAUACAGCGGCGCGGUCGUUGCACCCUUUUACGGCAAUAACUACCGCGGCCCGCUGUCCCUGGCGCCCGGCCAGCCCGCCAACAUCCUCGCCGCGGACGGCAGGCCCCUCGACACCCUGGACGUGAACCUGGACCGCUCCGCGCACCUCACCGCCAAGGCCCUUGACGGAGUGCACCUGCUCAAGAAGCGCUCCGCCCCUGUUAUCGCUCCCCUCGGCGGCAUCGCCUACGCCGGCACUCCGGUCAUCACCAACGCUGCACCCCUCGCCUACUCCGCGCCCAUUAUCGCGCCUUACCAGACUCCUCUAACUUACACCGCCGGAAACUACGCUCACUACCUGUAAAUAGUCCAAAGAU